GCCUAGCCAACUGCAGGAAAGAGAGAAAACUUAUGACAAAGAUCUCACUGGCUCACUGCUGGUGUAUCUGGGUAAAGUAUGUUUGCAACAUUUAGCUCAUGAACUUAACCAAAAGCUUCUGUCUUUGCCUUCUAGGUUUGUAGCUUUUGUGGCUGUACCUACUUUACUCUGGUAUGACUCAUGCCUACAUAUAUAGCUACCAACCAGGCACAAGGAAAGGGUCCAGAAUUGCCCACAUCAAAUGCUGAAUGGUAAACUGUUCUAGACCAGCCAAUGUACAAGGAGAAUGCCUGUCCAAUUCCCUCAUAUUUUAUUCCCACGUCACUAGAUUGUUUAUGCUUCCUCUCCCCUCACACACCAGUGGUUCAGUACAUAUCAAUGUUUUAGUAUGUUUCAUAUAAUUGUUCCCCAAUAUCCCUAGGUCUCUUCUUCCUUCCCCUUUCCUACUCCUGCCUGCACGAUUCUGAUCCAGUCCAGGCGGUGUAGAUCGAGAGAGAGAAUUGAAAGAGGGAGUGAGAGCUAGCUAGUAUAUUUAGUGGAAGAAGGAAAGAUGAUAACUAGGGAGGAGGAGAGGAUUAUUGGAGAUGUGGAGGACAAGCAGGUGCUAGCUAAGAUCACCAUGGAUGACAGGAAGAGAUCCAUGAGCGGGAGCAUGCUGGACCUCAAUGAAGGCAUCCAUAUGGAGAGCGAUGAUGGAGAAGUCGGCGACGACAACGAUGAAGAGGAGGAGGAUGGAGGUAGCACCACCGAUGUUGCCGGGAGCCGGAGCUCCAGCAACAACAGCAGCACCAACCAUGCUUUGGAGACCCAACAGGGUACCGGGGGUGGCGAGCAUAGGGUGCGGCAGUACAACCGAUCGAAGCUGCCUCGGCUCCGGUGGACGCCCGAUCUUCACAUGGCCUUCAUACGCGCCGUCGAGAGGCUUGGUGGACAAGAGAGAGCGACCCCUAAGCUAGUGCUUCAGAUGAUGAAUGUUAGGGGGCUCAGUAUUGCUCAUGUGAAAAGCCAUCUGCAGAUGUACCGAAGCAAGAAGCUAGACCACCAUGGUCAACGGAUCAGGGGAGCCAUUUCCUCAGUAUUUUCACCUAUGGAUUUCCACUCAAUGAGAGGCGAUCGACGCUUUCAUGACAUGCUCCUCCAAAGAGCUGCCGCCCUCUCCUCGACGGCGGAGCGCGGAGGCUUCUUUGUGUCGCGGAAUGGCGGCGGCGGAGGAGGGAACACCAAUAGCCGCCUCUAUGGGAUUCUCCAACACCACCACCUGCCAUCUCCGAUGCAAUCUGGCUUCAAGAACGGAAGUUUCAGGAAUCAAGAGUGGGCGUUCGACCACCGUAACAUGAUGGCCAGGAAUGAUGUGAAGGCCUCCUCGGCCACGCCGCACUUCUUCGCGUCCUCGUCCGUGAGGAGGUGGCCCUUAAUCUCCGCGGUUGCCGGAGCCGGCGAGCAAAUGCGAGAUGAGAGCUUUGGUUAUUUUACCGGCCACGGCUCUGGGCCGCUCUCGAGGGCCAUGGCACCGGCGACGUCGGUCGUGCCAGGAGGAGGUAGCCAUCGUCUCCCGUUUAGAUGGCACGGCGGCGAUGGCGGCAAGGGCGCUAAGGCCACAUCAUCAGAUCCCGUGAUGAUCGUCGAAGCCCUAGAUUCCCAGAAGCAGAAGCAUCUUGAACAGCAGAGGGCUCUGAUCACAGCAGCCGACAAGGCGCGGCUUCCGGCAGAGACGCCGGAGCUGGAGCUUAGUUUGUCGCCAGCCACGGCAAUCGACGCCACAGAUGGGACACCGAGCAAGAAGAGGAAGAAGAGCGCUGCUGCAUCGAGGGAGCAAGAGCUGGAACAUGCCAACAAGCUGUCGAUCUCGCUCUCGCUCAUGCCACCUGCAGCUUCCAUGCCCAUGCAGGGGCAGGAAAAGAUAAGAGGGGGCAGCGUGGAGGCCGCUCUGGGGCAGAGUACUUUGGAUCUGACCAUGUCGAUCAAGGCAUUGGAGUGAGAUCUUUCAACUACUUUGUGUCGAGGGUUGUCCAAAAAUUGCACACUGAUCCAUGCGAUCAGUUAAGAUGUUAAUUUAACCUUUGUCUCUCCCAGUACAUAUGGAGAUAUAUGUCAUGUUUGUU